AUGUUGAUAUAUUCUACUGAUAGAUCUUGUGUUGUUAUAAAUUUUACUGCCUGUAAGUAUGUGGAAAUUGAUGAAAUAACGGAGAAAUUGUUUCCUGCUUGUUAAUUCGUUAUUGAGUGAGAUUGCAUACGGGUUAUCGGUAGCUUUCAUCGUCUGAUAAUGCGUUGAUUUAUUCUACUAAUAAAUUUCGUGGUUACUCUACUGCCUGUAAGUACGUACGUGAAAAUUGUUGGAAAAAUCUAUGGUGUUACAAUAGAGCAAUUGCUUCUUAUUUUAAUUAAUCACAUUGAAACUGUCGUUAUUAGAAACGAGAUUUUCAAGAAAAUAAUUUCAAAAAAUCAUCUGACGAAAUAUUACAUGUACUAUAAACUUUUGAGCGAUUUAAUACCUUGAAUUGAAAUUAUGACAAUAUAUGAAUGUAACUGUAUGAUUGUGAAAUGUACAUAUUGUGGAAUAUGUACGGUAGAUAAUCUAUAGUUUAUUAUUGGUGUUGACGACAGAUGAUGAUGGCUGCGAUUACAAUCAGCAUACCACGGUUAACUUAAUCUAUAUAUUUAUCUAAUUUCUCUAGCUUUGGUGACUAAAUUCAUAUUUCCAAAAAGAAUUGAUUAUGAAACUCAAUUUUAUUGUAACACUUGAUUACGAUAAAGAAAAAUUAUAUUAUUUAAUUUAAAAACAAGUAACUUUCCAAAUGUUUCCUUUUUUUAAACGUUAAUACGUUAAAACGCUCUAAAUGUUAAAUGUUAAUUUUCUCAUGAAAUCGUUUAUUUCCCAUAAUGAGAUUUUUAUUUCUUAAUUUUCUGACCAUUUACUCGGUUAUUCUACCGAACGAAUCUCCUACAGAGAAACGGAUUUUAUUUCGAGUACUUUUAUAUUUUUUGAAACAAAAGGAUCGGUAAUUUGUGAAUACAAUUUUUAGUCCAAUUAAUUCAUUAUUAAGUACCACGUUUUACAGUUGCAAUUUAUCCACGCGGAAAAAUUCAUACUUUAAAGCAAGGUAUUUCUUUAUAAAAAUAUGGUAACAUUCCUGCUUACAUAUUUCCUUUGUUUUUACUAACGAUUUACCUUAUUAAUAUUCGCUAUUAUUCGUUCAAUUCAUUGUUAAAUAAUACUACAUGCAUCUACCGGUUCGCGUAUUUCUGCUUGCCGAAUAAUUCCACGAGUUUAAUCAUUUACAUCGAACCUGCCAAUAAAUAUUAAACAAUACUUCGCAUUAAAAAAGAAUGAUAUCGAUGCGACAUGUUUGUUUCAUCAUUAAUCUAAAUGUUGAACGAAUGAAGAAUUCAUUUUCUUAAUUAGAAGAAUCCCUUCUGGUUAAUUCGUCUAUGCUCAGAGAAAAAAUUCUUUCUCUGCUCGCUGACGAUGAAAAGCUGUCGAGCUUUAAAUUUAAAGCGUUGAAAUAAAAAAGAUGCUUGUAACUCGGAAAAUAUAUUUUAAUUCAUGUCGUUUAGUUUUUCACUAAUGUGAAACAAACGUGUAUUAAUAUUAUUUUCUUUCUUUAAUAUAUAUAGAAUAUUAUCUAAUAUAUGAGAGUAUAUAUGAUAAAUCUCUAGAAUUAUGUAACAACCGUAAAAGAAAAAGAAAACACAUAUCGUCCUUCUUUUUAUUCGCUUUCGAGUUUCAAGUAACUACGAACGUUCUUCCCUUUGCCAGAGACACGGCGAUAAAACACAGUUUUCCCCGUGCUUCGUCGAAAGAUUGUUCCCUCCUGCAAGCUCGUACGAUCGUGAAAGGGCGAAUUAAGAAACGCACAAAUGGACGGAAUCAGCGCUCGUUUAAGAAGAUCGCAGUUCUCAUAAUUUAUUCCCCAUAAACUGAAACGCUUCGGCAAAGUACGUCCGUUUAACUGGCAGUACGAUUAAUUCAUAUUAACGUCAUUAUAAGGGAGAAUGUGUACGGCUCCGAGAGACGAGCCAGAAAAGACGGGCCGUUCCGCUGCAUUCACUGAUCUUCUCCCCUCGUUUUCUUUCUCCCCGUUCCUUCAAUUAGUCGUUUAAAAAGGUCUCGACAAAGGACGAAACCGUGCGCAAGAAGGGGAUCAGCGACGUUAUCUGCUAUUAAGCCGUUAUUUAUGCAAAAUUCUUCUAUGUCUGUUCGUUCUCGCAACGUUCGUUCUAUUCUGUCUGAUCGUGCAUCGGUAUGUUUUACUUACAAAUUAUUUUCCGUGUGCGGUACGGUUCCGAAGUUUCAAAGUUUUAAUAAACGUUAGAAAUGUUUUAGAACUACGUUACUGUUCGUUGCCUCACGUCUGGCCAUGCAUCGAUAUAUUCUACUUGCGAGCAAUUUUCUAUAUGUAUUUAGUUUGAAAAAUUUAAAUUGAUUUUAAUAAAUUUCCACCUGCGUGUGUUCUAUACAGGUCUGGCCAUAUACUGACACACUCUACUGACUUUUUUAUUUUAUGAAUAAAUUUAAUAUUACGAUAUUGAAUUUACCACUUAUAGGAAUUCGACUGCGAAUUUCUAAAGAUUCUCGUAAUCUGCAAACGAUCGAUUUCAAUUAUUUUCAUUAUUGCUAUCAACUACUUUACGUAAUGAAAUCAGAUUUAAACAUUCGUUUUAAGAAAGAGAAAUAUUCUUGAAUGAAUUUUUAAUCUUGCGCAGCUACCAGGUAAAUUCACCCAAGUUUCUUCCCGUUAUUUCAGCUCAUAAUUGAUCGUACAGAAAAUGCGUUUAGCAUAAUUUUUCUGAGUAUACGUCGUAUAGCUGAGUAAAAGAUAAAAGAUAAAAAUUUAAAAAAAUCUCAUAUCCUUGGAUCGUUUGAAAACGAUCAUUUCAUAAUUAAAUUUAUCUCCGCUAGAAGCAGAAGCUCCUAUUAGUAAUUUCAAACUCGUCAAAAAUAUAUUUAAUUGGAAACAGAUCAUCAAGUUUUAAUCAAGUGUUUUGAAAUCUGUAUUUUAAAACAGCACGUAAUCAAGUAAUAAAAUAACGUUCGUUCGUCCAGUCUGAAAGAUACGGUUUCAUUUUGACAAGUGUACGUGUACUUGAUUUCACGUUUUAUCGACGAAAAUUUGCGCGCGUCACAAGCAAACGGACCCACCUCUCUUCGAGAGAUCAAAUACUACGAUGAUAAAUAGCAAGUUUAUCUGAAUUGAAAUUUAUUAAAAUGUCUCUUAGUGAUGGGUAGCUAUUUAUUAAUGUAAUCGAAAUUGUACUUCGAUAGACGAUUUUAAUCCCAAAAAAUUUGGUCUUCUUUCUUUUAGCCCCACGUAUAUUAAUUUAAAAUAUAAAGUCAUUUAAAUACUUGAUACACACUGUGUUGCAUUUAAAAAUUUGCAAAACUAAUAGUCCGAAUUUACGUUUCAACGAUAUUAAAAUUAAUUCGCUUGUAACAUAAAAUAAAAAAAAAAAAAAGAGGAAUUGCUGGAGAAAUUUGAUUGCAGCGUAAAAAUUGUAUAUUUAUAUAAAACGAAUAAAUGUUAGGAAAUCCGAUACAAUUCACGUUUUAUUAGUUCGAUUAAUAACCAUUCAUAUUAAUUUACACUUUAAAUAAUGAAUCACGCGGGAUUUCAAUUUAACCGUUGAAAGUACGAGGAGAAGAUAACGUUACAUUUUUAUUCCACGCUAACUUGAUAUAAAAAAAAAAAAAUACAGACAAAGUAAACAUCGGUGUUUGAAAAUGACCAAAAUAUAAUGCAGUAUCGCAAAUUAUAUACCAACAGGACAGUAAUUGAAAUACCGACAAGACAAACAGUUAAAAUAUUGACUUUGCAUAACGAGAAAAUUUUUUUCAACAAAAAUUAUUAUUGCGUCGAACGUAUCCAAAUAGAAAUACAAACUACGAGAGAAUUAUUCUUUGUUAUUUCAGCAGCAGAUACGAGCACGAAUCAGGCUCGCACGAACGCGACGAUUUUUACCCAAGCUGACAGCGCGUCGCAGAUUUCCGGUAAAACGAGCUUCGCGGUGCCAGCACCGCCUCCACUUGCCUCCGCGGAGAAAGUCCGCAGACUUUCGGAUGGCGAACACUUCCGGCAGCCGAAUGUCACCGUUUCCGGGCACGCGACCGUGCAGAAGCAGCUGCAAGAAGCACAGACACAGGCUCAGGCGCAGGCGCUUGCCGACAUGAUCCUGAAGGGUACCACCAAAAUGGCUGUGAAGAGAACGACUUCCGAUCCCGGGCAACGAUUGCAUCUGACGUAUCAGACGUCGGUUCAAUCGACGACCAAUCAACAGCAGCAACAACAGCAGCAGCAGCAACAACAACAACAAGCACAGCAGCAGCAGCAACAACAACAACAACAGCAACAAAAUAAUCAACCUCAAGCUCAGCCUGCAGUUACAGACAGUUUCUCAAUGACGGGUUACUCUGAGGACGGUGGUUAUUUUAGCCCGAGUCUUCAAGAUGAGGUGUUCCAACAGGUCACCGCAGUUCCUGACAGCGUUCUGCUUCACGCUACUCAAUUAGAUUCUCUUCAAACAGCGAGUCUACUGCAAGAACAGCCAGCCGAGCAAUUGCAGGACAUCACCCUGGAGGAUCGAUAUCCAUCUCAGCACACGGUGAACCCAGACCUGCAAGCACUGGUCAAUUCCCCGUUACCGGACUCGCUAGCCGAGUUCAGUACCUACGGUGCCCAAUACACAGAGAGCCCGCACACCUUGCCAACUCAGUCUCCGUUGUCAUCGCCUCUGACGAGACACGACAGUCCAAGCUUCACAUAUCCAACGCCGCCAGCUAGCCAAGAGGGUCUCCUAACCGGAAGCUUUCCCCUGUUGAGUCCUCAGGAGGAUCCAGAAAGCGUGAGACAGGUCUCGUCGCCUCUGUCAGCGGCUUUCUACGCGACCCCGAUGUCCUCCGCGGCAGCGGUGGAGGAAGCUCUGAGCGAAGUAUUGCCAGGCGAAUCCGAGGCAGACGCCGACCUAUACGGAUCCGGUUCGCCGAAUCCGCACUCGCCACUGCCAAGCCCCUUGUCGGCGACUCCAGCACCAUCGCCGCUGUCCUCGUUGCCACCGUCGUCAGUCUCGUCACCGGGACCAGUGUCGUUCACCGGCACCAGCUUCCCCGUGUCACCGCAUCACGCGCUCCAAAAUCAAAUGAUGCCAAAUUCGGAGGAUCCACUGCUCUCGUCCACACCCAAGGACUUCACGACAGCCAGUCGCAGACGGUUCGAAUUCCAAUCGUACAAGUUCAUCACCAGCCAGAACUUGGUCGACUUCGGACUGGGCAACGGUAGCCUGGCUGGCAUCGUCGUGGACAACAACGGUGAGUUCAAGCUCAUCCAGACAGCCGGACUGCAAAAGACGAACGUGCUGGUGCAGACGGGCUCUCUGAGCCCGGCACUGACCUUCAAGAAGGAGAUGCGGCUGGCCACACCGAAAGUGGAGCCUGUCACCGUAAACCUCGGCCUAAACGUGCAGACGAAUCAUCAGUACAACGCUGGCCAGUUCAAUCAGCAGCAAAUGGUCAACCCGACCAAGUUUCUCAUACAGACGAACGUGGCCAAGAGCAACAACAUGAGACAGAAAACGAUCAGUGGAAGCUUGCCCAUCCCGGUGGAACAGAUCAAGGAGGAGCUUCUCGACGAGGAUGUUUUCCUCAAUCCUAGCAACGUGCCGACUGGCAGCCCUGUCAGACAGUGCAGAAAAAGGCCUCGCAUGGACGGUGGAUUGUACGCGAACGCGUCGCACUCGUACCCGUCGAGAUUGAGGAAGGCCUGUGACCGACAUUGGGACAGUAGCUACACACCUCCGCCGAUUUUGGACCCUUCCAGACCUGGGCCAGGGCUGUACGCCAGGCUACAUCAGUACGAGAGGGACUCUGACUUUAGCUCGGACGAUUCGCAAGGGAACGACGGACCUCCGCCUAGAAUCAACAUCGGGACGAGGUACCAGGCAACGAUACCGCCGAUCGGCAGCGACGGAGAUAGAGGAAAAGGCGAACCUAAGGCUGAUCACCUGCUCUGGGAUCCUGGUAUAAAUAACUUGCUGACGGAUAACGAACUGGAAAUGUACCUACAAUUUGCAUGCUGCGCCGCGGUACCAGGUGGAGGAAGGAACAAAGAAUACGCGCUUCAUCUGCUGCACAUGUGCAAAGGAAACAUUCAUGAAGCAAUGCUGAAACUGAUGAGACCAACGCCUCCGUUGCCAGCGGAACAUCCGCUGCUGAGUUACGAGUGCCACGAAUCUGACCGGUGGACGUCGCAGGAAAUGGACGCAUUCUAUCAAGGCCUGUUGAAAUACAACAAGGACUUCUCAGCGAUCUCGCGAGACGUCGGUGGCAAGUCCGCGAAACAGUGCGUGCAAUUCUAUUACCUGUGGAAGAGGCUCUGCCCGGACGAGUACAGGCGGCUGCGUGUUCGUCACGGUAAACCAAAGAUUAAGACAGAGAGCAAGGAUUCCAAGGACACUAAGGAGCUACGCGACGCCAUCGCGUCGGUCACUGAGAUGGACUUCAGCGAGGACAAAUCGAUUCUUCAUCGCACUCUGAGCUUUAGCGGAAGUGUAACAGUAACGAUGGCCGGAAGCACCCAAACCGCCCAAACCGGCAAUACCGGCCACGCCACAGUCAACACCAACUCACAAACUCACACUAGUUCUGAGCAACAACUAUCCGUGCCCACCCCACUUCACUACCCCUGCAAGAUUUGCGGGAAAGUUUUCAACAAAGUGAAAAGCAGAAGCGCGCACAUGAAAUCCCACAGGCCGGUACCCUCGCCCGAUUCAACGGGGCAGGAAUCUAAGAGGCCCGUCCAACAACAAUCGAAGCAGCAGCAACAACAGCAGUCAAACAGCGUUUCAUCGCAGGUCCAAGACUUCAACCAGCAGCAAUUGCCUCCGAGCAAUAGCGACACUGGCGCUCAGAAUGCAGCGCAUUUAUGGCACAACCCGACGCGGCUCAGGCCACCAUAG